AUGGGUUCUGUCUCCUCCGCUCUGGCGCGGUCCCGCAACACCGUCGUGCAGCCGGGAUUGUCGCCACCGCAGCCCGAAGUGCCGCUGGCUACUCCUGCCCCUCGCAAAGACUCUAGAACCCAGAGGCGCCAAGGCUCCUCCAGACCUUCACCAGCCUGGGAACCGCCGCCGGCCGGGCACAGGCAGCAAGAGCUCCAGAAGUUGGAGAGCGCGGAGCUGUCUCCGGUGCUGAAGCGAUUGCCGACUAUGUCCCAACCCUCCCCUAGCUAUGGUCCAGAGGAGACUGGCACUGGGAAGACAGAGGAGUGGAACAUCCAGACAGAAACCACAGAGAAACAGGCAGCUGCAAAAGAACAAGUUGCAAAUGAAGCAGGAGAUAAGAAUGCGAGACCACUUGCCCGCUUCUCCCGGUCUAAGUCACAGAACUGUCUGUGGAACUCCUUCAUUGAUGGUCUCACUGGGAAUGUCAAGGAGAAGCCACGGCCAACGAUUGUCCAGGACACCCGUCCCCCAGAGGAAAUUUUGGCAGAUGAAUUGCCACAGCUGGAUAGCCCAGAAGCUUUGGUGAAGACAUCCUUCAGGUUACGGUCUUUGGUCAAGCAGUUAGAGCGAGGGGAGGCCUCUGUGGUAGAUCUCAAGAAGAAUCUGGAAUAUGCAGCCACAGUGCUUGAAUCUGUAUAUAUCGAUGAAACAAGGCGACUCCUGGACACAGAGGAUGAGCUUAGUGACAUUCAGUCAGAUGCUGUGCCUUCCGAGGUCCGAGACUGGCUGGCCUCCACCUUCACACGGCAGAUGGGGUUGAUGCUCAGGAGAAGCGAUGAGAAGCCCAGGUUCAAGAGCAUCGUCCAUGCCGUGCAAGCUGGAAUAUUUGUGGAGAGAAUGUACAGACGAACCUCAAACAUGGUUGGGUUGAGCUAUCCACCAGCUGUUAUUGAUGCAUUAAAGGAUGUGGACAACUGGUCCUUCGAUGUCUUUUCCCUGAAUGAAGCUAGUGGAGAUCAUGCAUUGAAAUUCAUUUUCUAUGAAUUACUCACGCGCUAUGACCUGAUCAGCCGUUUUAAGAUCCCCAUUUCUGCACUUGUCUCAUUUGUGGAAGCCCUGGAGGUGGGGUACAGCAAGCACAAAAAUCCUUACCAUAACCUGAUGCAUGCCGCUGAUGUCACACAAACUGUGCAUUACCUCCUCUAUAAGACGGGAGUAGCGAACUGGCUGACGGAGCUGGAGAUCUUUGCAAUAAUCUUCUCGGCUGCCAUCCACGACUAUGAACACACUGGAACUACCAACAAUUUCCACAUUCAGACUCGGUCGGAUCCAGCUAUCCUAUACAAUGACAGAUCUGUAUUGGAGAAUCACCACUUGAGUGCAGCCUACCGCCUUCUGCAGGAAGACGAAGAGAUGAAUAUUCUCGUCAACCUCUCAAAGGAUGACUGGAGGGAGUUUCGAACCUUGGUAAUUGAGAUGGUAAUGGCCACAGAUAUGUCCUGUCAUUUCCAGCAAAUCAAAGCCAUGAAGACAGCCCUGCAGCAGCCAGAAGCAAUUGAAAAGCCGAAAGCCUUAUCCCUGAUGCUGCACACAGCAGACAUCAGCCAUCCUGCGAAAGCAUGGGAUCUGCACCACCGCUGGACCAUGUCUCUCCUGGAGGAGUUCUUCAGACAGGGUGACAGAGAAGCAGAGCUGGGGUUGCCGUUUUCUCCUCUGUGUGACAGAAAGUCAACCAUGGUUGCUCAGUCACAAGUGGGUUUCAUUGACUUCAUUGUGGAACCCACCUUCACUGUGCUCACCGAUAUGACCGAAAAGAUUGUGAGUCCAUUAAUCGAUGAAAGCUCCCAGACUGGUGGGACAGGCCAGAGGCGCUCAAGUUUAAACAGCAUCAACUCAUCAGAUGCAAAGCGAUCAGGUGUCAAGAGCUCUGGCUCAGAAGGAAGUGCUCCCAUCAACAACUCCGUCAUCCCUGUCGACUAUAAGAGUUUUAAAGCCACUUGGACUGAAGUGGUGCACAUCAAUCGGGAGCGGUGGCGGGCCAAGGUCCCCAAAGAGGAGAAAGCCAAGAAGGAAGCUGAAGAGAAGGCUCGCCUGGCUGCUGAGGAAAAGCAGAAGGAAUUGGAGGCCAAAGGCCAAGCUGAACAAGGCACAGCCAGCAAAGCUGAGAAAAAGACAUCAGGAGAAGCAAAGAGUCAAGUUAAUGGAACACGUACAAACAAGGGUGACAACCUUCGUGGAAAGAACCCCAAAGGUGACAAGGCAGGAGAAAAGCAGCAGAAUGGUGACUUGAAAGAUGGUAAAAAUAAGGCAGACAAGAAGGAUCACUCCAACACCGGAAAUGAGUCAAAGAAAACAGAUGGUACAAAGAAGCGUUCUCAUGACUCGCCCGCUCCAAGCACUAGUUCCACAAGUCGCCUUACCUUGCCCGACUACCAAGGUGAUAGGGAGAUACCCAUCAGUAUCCAUGAAGUUUCUGAGAAUGAGAGACUGAGCACUCUCAGAAUUAAUUGGGGACUACGGAUAAAGCAUCCAUAUAGAAACAUCCUUCGAAGAGACCUGACCAUCUCCAAGGUCUGA